AUGGCCCAGUCUCCUGCUUCCUCCGAACCUUUAAGAAAGGACCUCGAGCUGGGACUUGAUCACCCCAAUGAGUCCCCCGGUGAUCGAACGGAUCGUACAACCCGCGUUCAAUUCGAUGAAGCAGCAUCGCCGGAUGAAGGAAGUGGAGGAAUCUACCACUCUCGACUCAGUCGCCAUCGUUCUUUGAGUCGAGACACCAUUCGGAGCUCUCACGAUGCCGCCCAGAGCAACAAGACAGCUGGGAUUCCUAUCGAGUUCAGGACCCUCUCGUAUCAGAUCUCCGAGUCCCAGAACGCUACGGAAGAGGCCAUCAAAGCAAGGCAGGCCAAGGAAGAUAAGCCCGAUCAAGAUUAUUUUGAAAGCUUGGACUAUCACAUCCUACAGCCCGACAGACUCUUCCAGCAACUCAACGUGGAACCCCGGUCCGGUCUCAGUUCGUCUGCCGCCGCCUCUCGACUGCAGCGGGAUGGGAAGAAUCUCAUCGCUCAUCAUAACGAGAACUACCUCAAGAAAAUUUUUUUCUAUGUCUUUGGCGGCUUCUGCUCAGUCCUGUGGAUCGGUGUCAUCAUCUUCUUCAUUUGUUGGAAACCCCUCAGCAACCCACCGUCAGUCUCGAAUCUUGCCAUGGCCAUCCUCGUUCUCAUCGUGAUCUUCCUGCAAGCAAGCUUCUCUGCAUUUCAAGACUGGUCAACGAAACAUGUCAUGAACUCGAUCCUCAACCUGCUCCCAUCUGAAGCCCUUGUUGUGCGAGACGGGAAGCAAAUCCGCGUGCCAUCUACAGACCUUGUUGCCGGCGACAUCGUCCAUGUUUCCAUCGGCAAUAAAGUCCCCGCGGACAUGCGUCUCUUCCAGACAUCUGGAGACGUCCGCUUCGACCGUGCUAUUCUCACAGGAGAGUCUGACGAGAUCGAAGGUGCCAUCGAUGUGACGGACGACAACUUCUUGGAAACCCGUAAUAUCGCUUUCAUGGGGACAAGCGUCACCAAUGGCAAUGCGGUCGGUGUAGUGGUGCUGACCGGCAGUCGGUCUGUCAUGGGUCGCAUCGCCAAAAUGACCACCGGCGUCAAGGAGAAGCCGACGUUGAUACAAAAAGAGAUCAGUCGUUUUGUGACCAUCAUCAUCUGCCUGACCAUCACACUGGUUCUGAUCAUCCUCUUCGCCUGGGUUGGAUGGUUGCGUGUGGAUCACUACCAGUUCAUGAACGUGGUCGCGAUGCUGAACAACGUGAUGGGCUGCGUCGUUGCGUUUAUCCCUGAAGGUAUGCCUGUUGGAGUUGCACUCACUCUGAUGAUGGUAGCCAAGCGGAUGAAGAAGAACAGUAUCCUGCCGAAGGGACUUGCGACGGUAGAGACCCUGGGUUGCGUCAACGUCAUCUGCUCAGACAAGACGGGGACAUUGACCCAGAACAAGAUGUUUGUUAGGUCACUCGGCCUGAUCGAUCAAGAGCUCAACGUAGAUCAGCUGCUUGGAGAUCAGCGAGGCUCGACCGAGUUGCCAGAGGCGCUGAACAUCCUUCUUCGAGGCUCGUUCCUGUGCAAUGAUGCCUCUUUUGAUCCGGCAACCAUCGGACUGCCAGUGGAUGACCGAGAGGUGACGGGCAAUGCGACCGAUGCUGCCGUCCUACGGUUCGCCGAGCUCGCCCAGCCCAACGGUCUUUCUCAGUAUGCCCAGUACGAAAGAAUCCACCAGAUUCCUUUCAACUCGAAGAACAAGUGGAUGCUUACCAUGCACAAGAACCCCCAGAGCAGCAGCAGCUAUCUCACCUAUGUGAAGGGCGCACCAGAUGUUCUUCUUCCACGGUGCACAUCCUACUACUCCGGCAUUGAUAGCAAAGUCAAGCCCAUGGACCAGAACGGCCGGAGAAUGUUCUCAGAUUUCCAAGCGUCCCUGUCAAAGCGCGCAGAGCGUGUCAUUGUGCUCUGCCAACGGUACUACAGCCCGAGGGCCGCGGUGGGAUCAAACGACUUCAACGAUGAGAUCCUGGCCCAGGGUGUCCGUGACCUGACGGUGAUCGGAAUCUUUGGCAUCGUCGAUCUGCCACGUCCCGAGACUGCGCGGACCAUUGCGGCCUGCCGUCGUGCAGGCAUCCGCUUCUUCAUGGUGACGGGUGACUUUGGCCUGACCGCUGCUGCUAUUGCCCGGGACGUGGGCAUCUUCAGCGGUACUGCGGAGCCAGACACGGUCGAUUGCCUGCGGCCAUUCACCAGCGACGAAGAAAACGAGAAGCAGUCUCUCCGUUCUCGACGCAGUCUCCUCAUCGACGGUCCACACAUAUCCUCUCUCAACGAAGAACAGUGGGACGCCGUGUGCCAAUACGAGGAGAUCGUCUUCGCUCGCACCUCGCCCGAACAAAAGUACCGCAUCGUCGAGGAGUUGAAGGCGCGCGACAACGUCGUCGCUGUGACCGGUGACGGCGUGAACGACGCCCCCGCGCUGCGCACCGCCGACGUAGGCAUCGCCGUCGUCUCCGGCAGCGACGUCGCCAUCGAGGCGGCAGACCUGGUCCUGAUGGACAAAUUCGACUCCAUCGUCGACGCGAUCCGCCUCGGCCGCCUGGUCUUCCAGAACCUGCAAAAGGUCAUCGCGUACCUGCUCCCCGCCGGCAGCUGGUCCGAGAUCUGGCCGGUGCUGAUGAACGUCUUCUUCGGGGUCCCACUCCCGCUCAGCUCCUUCCUCAUGAUCAUCAUCUGCGUCUUCACCGACCUCUUCCUCUCCCUCUCGCUCAUCAUGGAGAAGGAAGAGUUCGACCUGCUCAGCCUCCCGCCACGCAACCACAAGAAAGACCACCUCAUCAACCUCAAGAUAUACGGCCAAUCCUAUCUCUUCAUCGGCGUCAUGGAAACCAUCAUUGCCCACUCCAUGUUCUUCCUGUACAUGUACAAGAAGGCAGGCAUCCCCUUCCACGCCCUCGUCUUCGCCUUUGAAUCGUACUCCGACGGCUUCUACGGGUACUCAGCCGAAGAACUCACCAACUUCAACAACGUCGGCCAGGGCGUCUACUUCGUCACCCUCGUCAUGCUCCAAUGGGGCAACAUCCUCUCCGUCCGCAACAAGCGCCUCUCCAUCCUCACCGCCGACCCCGUCCGCAAACAGCGCCGCAACCCCUGGCUCGCCCUCGCCAUGCUCGUCUCCCUCGCCAUCGCCAUCUUCGUCACCGAGGUCCCGGGCUUCCAUACCCUGUUCAACACGGCGCCGGUGCCGAUUGAGUUCUGGUUCAUCCCGUUGCCGUUGGCGCUGGGGAUUCUGUUCCUGGAUGAGUUGAGGAAGGUGCUUGUUAGGGCGUUUCCGAGGGGCAUUGUCGCUAAGAUUUCGUGGUGA